AUGCGCCACCCGCUUCGGGACCUUCCGAGCCUACUUGUCAGGUUCGGCACCAUUCCCAAGCCUUUGCAGGGAAGAAACGUUCCUUUGGAGUGGGAGGAGUGGCCCGGGGGCGAUGAAGCUGCUGUGAAGUUUCCUGCCAAUCGCAAGGAGAGGUGUUUUGGGCUUGGGAUUGUGGAGGGGUGUGGUGAAGCAGCAGAGAAGCUGACCAAGGAACCUCUUCGUUGCACUUCAGAAGCAGUACAGAGAAGCAGGCGUGCAAAGGAAGAAGGAUCCGAUGCAGAAGGGCAAGGAGGUAGCCAGGAAGCUGAAGCAGGAGGCAGCAGGAGUGCAAGUGUCUCCAAGGCAAAAGCGAAAGGAAUGUGGGCGAAAUUCAUGCAGAGGACAGCGAGUGGAAGAGCCGAAGCACACCGAACCGCUGAGCUGAAAGCACCGACACUACCGCCGCCCAGAAGGAAGCUUCCGAUUGUUCGCUGCCUGGCAGAUGUGGACUUUCUGGUGGGGUUUGCUGGGUACAUCAUGGACCCUCCUGCCUGCACCCAGUGCAGGCGCUGCUCCUGUGAGUACCUGCGACAUCUGUGCACCGCUGCUCUCAUCGCCAACUUCGCCUACCGCCCCGUCAGCCAUCUGUUCUCCCGCGUGCUCUCAGUCUUCCCGCCCUCCUCCUCUGGCUUUAACGAUCUCGUUGAGUGCUUGGAGCUCCCUGCAUCCCUGCCCCAGCCCGUGAACCUGCACAUGCUGCUGAGGCGCGCCGAGCAGGUGCCUCUCAACCUGCUCAUUCACAUGUCGGUCUGGUGCGCUCCUGCUCUUCUGGAAAGCGAUGGUUUCAGAGUUGGCUACAGUGGGAAAGAAGGGAAUUCGGAAAACGGUGGAGAGGUGUGGGAGGAGGUGCGGAUGUGGUAUUCUGCAGAUAUGGCUGCAUGGAUGUUCAACGUGGAGGGGGCUGCAGCGUGGGUCUGCCAAGGGUACCAGCAGCACUGGCAGCAGCAGCAGCAGCAGCAGCAGCAGCAGCAGCAGCAGCAGCAGCAGCAGCAGCAGCAGCAGCAGCAGCAGCAGCAGCAGCACUGGAAGCAGCAGUAG